AACUUGCAAAGUAAAUGAGGACCCACACACCGGUGCCCCGUUUCCAUCAAGAAGACACCUAAAACAACUGAAAAAUCUGUCCUGAUUGAAACCUCAACUCAAUACCUUCCUUACUUCGUAACAGAAACAAGUUUAUAAUUUCACCAGAUCUCAUCUUUAGAGAGAAACAGACAAGUAAUGGCAAUGGCGAGGUCAAGCUCUAGCCUCACUUAUCCAGAGAGAUUUCAUGCAGCUGCUUCAUAUGUAGGAUUUAAUGGAUCUUCUUCAGAUAUGACAUCAGUUACUUCUAAAUUUAAAAAUGAUGUUGCUGUUUUACUCUAUGGACUCUAUCACCAAGCAACCAUAGGACCUUGCAAUAUUCCAAAGCCUAGAGCUUGGAGUCCGGUGGAGCUGAGCAAAUGGACUAGCUGGCACGGGCUAGGAAACAUGGCUACUACAGAAGCAAUGCGUCUUUUUGUGAAGAUUUUGGAGGAAGAAGAUCCAGCAUGGUAUUCCAGAGUCCCUGAAUUUUUUAUCGAGCCAGUUGUAGAUGUGGAAAUGAAUGUGAAUGAUAUAAACAAUCCUGAUAUGAAGUCACUUACUCAGAAUGGGGAUUCUUUACCUGAGCCAAAGACAAUUACUACUGAAAAUGGAAUGUCGUUAGAGACUCAAGAUAAAGAUGUUCUCUUGGAGGGCAUUGGUUCAGUGGAUGUGUAUGAUCAAUGGGUUGCACCUGUGCUAUCCGGUCAGCGCCCCAAAUCUCGAUAUGAGCAUGGAGCAGCAGUAGUUCAGAAUAAAAUGUAUAUUUUUGGUGGAAACCACAAUGGUCGUUACCUUAAUGAUAUUCAGGUUUUGGAUUUGAGAAGCUUGGCAUGGUCCAAGGUAGAGGUCAAGGCAGGGACCGAGCCUCUGGAAUCGUCGUCUCCGACUCCUUUGGCUCCUUGUGCCGGACAUUCCUUGGUACCAUGGGAUAAUAAGCUUCUAUCUGUGGCUGGACAUACCAAAAAACCUUCUGAAUCCGUCACAGUGAAGGCAUUUGAUUUGCCGUCUGGGACUUGGUCAACAUUAAAGACUUACGGAAAGGCACCGGCAUCACGUGGAGGUCAGUCAGUAACGCGUGUUGGGUCAAGUCUAGUAAUGUUUGGUGGUGAAGACGCAAAGAGAACUCUGCUUAAUGAUCUACAUAUUCUUGACCUUGAAAGCCUGACUUGGGAUGAUGUUGAUGCCGUGGGGCUGCCUCCUUCUCCGAGGUCUGACCAUGUUGCUGCAGUACAUGCAGAACGCUACCUGCUUAUCUUCGGUGGAGGGUCACAUGCUACGUGCUUCAGCGACUUGCAUGUACUUGACAUGCAGACUAUGGAAUGGUCAAAACCAACACAGAAGGGUGAACUUCCAACUGCACGAGCGGGUCAUGCUGGUGUGACUGUGGGAGAAAACUGGUUUAUCGUUGGUGGAGGUGAUAAUAAAAGUGGUGUCUCGGAAACUAUUGUGCUCAACAUGUCGACACUUGUUUGGUCAGUUUUGACCACUGUCCAAGGACGAGUUCCUAUGGCAAGCGAGGGGUUGAGCAUGGUUCUGAGCUCCUGCAAUGGUGAAGAUGUUCUUGUGUCUUUUGGAGGAUACAAUGGGCGUUACAGCAAUGAGGUUAAUGUUCUUAAACCUAGUCGUAAAUCAGCAACGCAAUCAAAGAUCGCAGAAGAGAAUCCUAUGCCUGAAAGUGUUGCUACCCAACAGAAUGGGACAAGUGUUAUGAGGGGUUCGGAGUACGACCAUGAAGCAGGCUCAGAAGGAAAAGUAAGGGAAAUCGCCAUGGACAAUGCUGACAUGGAGCACGCCGGAAGCAAGGAAACUAGUGAGCAUUAUAUUGCAGCACUUAAGUCGGAGAAAGAAGAACUUGAAGCAGAAAUUGCUAAAGAGAAAUUGCAAUCCCUUCAACUUAAGCAAGAGUUGGUUGAAGCUGAGACAAGAAACACAGACAUUACCAAGGAACUUCAAUCUGUCCGUGGCCAGUUGGCUUCUGAGCAAUCUAGGUGUUUUAAGCUGGAGGUUGACGUUGCGGAGCUACGACAGAAGCUCCAAACUAUGGAAACCUUGCAAAAGGAACUUGAAUUGCUCCAACGCCAGAAAGCUGCAUCUGAACAAGCUGCCUUAAAUGCUAAACAAAGGCAAAGCUCUGGUGGUGUCUGGGGUUGGCUUGCAGGAUCUCCUCAAGAUCAAAAAGCUGAUGAUUCCUAGAUCAACAUUCUUUUUAUACUAUAUAUUAUACUGUGAUUUUAUUCAACAAAGAAGAAUUUCCGGCCCAGGCUAGGAUAAAUACGGAUUGCGAGAUUUAAACUUGACUAAAGAAAGUGGAGUUAUUGUUGGAAGUGAGGUGCUAGAAUAAUGUCCAGAGCUGCAAAAUUCCACAGGUGGAUGCAAAAGAUCAGCCUAUCUUAUAUUAUAGACUGCAGAGCGUAGUUGUUAUUGUUCCAUUUCUUCUUCUUCUCUCUUUCAUUGUAUUUUGAAUGACAGAUAACAGUUAGCUUUGCUGGUGUGGUCAUCAUGUUAUGCCCAGUAUGGAAACAUAGCCAUGGUGUUAAAACUGAUGUAAUUUUUUCUUCCAAUAUUGUUAUAUACUUAAAUAUAAUAUAUACAGAGUUCAAAUCAAAACA